AUGACGAGUAUUGUGGGUGUUGGAGAGGACGAUAGGCAUAGUGCAGAUGUUCCUGAUCAAGAUGGCGAUCUGUUCCGUACACCGAAUCCAGCUCCAGACCGCCUCCAUCCACGCAUCCCGGCGAAGAAGGCGAAACGUUUAUUGGGUAUCGAAACACCACCGAGCCAAACGUUAGUGCCUUUAAUAUUUUCGGUAUUUUAA